GAGCUAUGGCCGCUAACGCGGAGCCGAGGCGGCGGCCUGGUGUUGGGGUCGGCGUGGUCGUGGUGAGCUGCGAGCAUCCUCGCUGCGUCCUGCUGGGGAAGAGGAAAGGGUCGUUUGGAGCCGGCAGUUUCCAACUUCCUGGGGGCCAUUUGGAAUUCGGUGAGACCUGGGAAGAAUGCGCGCGGAGGGAAACCUGGGAGGAGGCCGCGCUUCACCUGAAAAAUGUGCGCUUCGCCUCCGUGGUCAACUCUUUCGUCGAGAAGGAGAAUUACCAUUAUGUCACCAUAUUAAUGAAAGGGGAGGUGGACACGACUCAUGAUUCGGAGCCAAGGAAUGUGGAACCUGAAAAAAACGAAAGUUGGGAGUGGAUUCCCUGGGAAGAAUUUCCUCCUUUAGACCAGCUUUUCUGGGCUCUCCGUUGUUUAAAAGAACAAGGUUAUGAUCCGUUUAAAGAGGACCUGAGCCACCUGGAAGGAUACAGAGGAAAGCACCUCGAAAAUAACAAGAGUCCUUGAUUUAGAAAAAAAAAAAAAAAAAAAAGCAACUUUAGUAAAUGAAAGAUUCUGUGUUUCAGGAGAACUCCAUUUUAUGUGCAAAGCCAGUCACCAGUUUAUUUGCAGUCUCCUACUGUAACUCGGACCCUUAAGAAAGUCUUCCUGGGAUGUGCCGCUGGACUGUCCUUGACACCCAGAAGAGGAUGGAUAAGGAACUUGUGGCUGUACUACCGUGUGGGUGCCAUUGUCAGCUGCAUGAGGCGUGCAAUACAAUUUGCCUUAUUGUUGUAGUUCAAAUGGAGGUUGGAACUCAGAUAUGGUCACUCGAGUUCAGAAGCAGUGUGUCUACUGAAGAAUUCCUCAUGCUUGUUGGUUUCCCUUUGCCCUUCCACUUGAACUCUGAAACGACAGUCUGUGUAACUAGAGAUCAUGACUUCCAUCCCUUAUUUCUGGCAGAAUGUGCUAACUGUGAGACAGACUUCAAUGUGGAUGCUACCAUCAGCGGCCAGGUCGCCUGCAUUUCCCUCUUGCUGCCUGAGAUCUGUGUCUUUGUAUAUAUACUGGGAUUACACAGAGCAGUACAGAUUCCCCUAAUGUAGGGGAUCUCCCAGAGGGCCUCAAGAACUUUCCAGAGCAUCAUGGCCAAAGGUUGAUUGGCUUCAUUUUCCCCCCUAGCAAACUUAAAAUUUUACUGUGGAGACUGAACAGUGUAAUGUCUCACAGAACAGUAUGUGCAGGGCUACCCACUGUUUGCGGUGGAAGCUGUGGGGUUGGUUUUAACCUGCUUCUGGUUUAGAGGGGUCUUUGGGUUUGGGAGGAUCACUUUCUUGGCAUAAGGACCACCUCAGGCCUAGUUAAUAACUGACGCUUCUAAGCAGUCCUUUGGCUGACAUCAUUUCUGUCCCCAGGCAGUCACUGGCCCACUCUGCUGUACAGGCCCUUUCCCAGCUCUUCCUGUGAGGAUGUAUUUUACUAAAUGCAGACAAGCAAGAAAAGCCAGCUUCCUUCUGACAGGUCAGACAUUGAAGAGAUUUGCCAAAAUCUAAAACAAUGAUGGAUUUUUGUUUACAAGAAAACUGUGUUAACAUGUAUUUGACUUUUAUUAUGUGGUCAAUAAACUUUCCUCAUUUUAAAAUUCUAGGUUUAAACACCAUUUCAUAAAAGCUUACAAAAAUAAAAUCUGUGUUUAAGCUUUUAUAAAGGGAUCCAAAACCUAAGGGGGUUGGGCAUUUAGUGCAAUGGUAAAACUACCAUUGCUGGGCUGGGUUCAGCACUCAGCUCCAAAAAAAAAAAACAAACAAACAAACAAAAAAAAGGCAACCAAAAGGGUUUCGAAUGAUUGCACAAGACUAUAGCUCAUUUUCUUUACAAGCUCACUUCUGUUAAUUCUGUCU